ACGAUUUAUGUCGUCUUUCUAAUAUUUGCUUUGGUGGUAGUUGUAGCUGUACUAAGAAGGAUCCACAACAUCAUUGUGUUGAAGCUAAUAUCUGAAUCGCUUUGUGUAGAGGAAGAAGGCGCUCUCAGUGAUCAACAGUUGGAGCGUUUGCAAAAGUACGUACAGGAGGUGCUAAGCAUGAGCUUAAAUGACUGGAUGAACUACAGUGAUUCGGUCAUCAAACAACCCAAAAAAGAUCCUGAGUAUCACAGGAAGCCGAAGAAAAAUGCUGAUUUGAGAAAAGCGGAAGCAGCGCUCAGAACCAUGAAUAUAAAAAUGAAGAAAAGAAGGAGUCUUGUCCGUCUGGCUACACUUCCUAAUGAAAGAGCUGAGUUGAGCUCAUGGAUGCAGGAUAAAAGAAAUCGACUUCAUCUGACUGCUGAACAAGAAAAAGCAUUUGAGAUCUGCACACGAAACGACGAUGAUGACCACAAUUUUUCUUGGUGUGGAGAUGUGUUCUGUGCAUAUCACAAGCUUUUCAUUGGCGACGAUCAAGGAAAAAUUAUUCGACGAGAGAUUCCCACAAAAAUGGAUGAAGAAAGAACUUUCACAAGUUUAAAUGGUGGUCAGAUUCACAUGCAGUGCAAAGAUGCAUUCAUCCUCGCAACAAAUGUUCUCGAAUUCAAUCUGCUUGUCAGAAGGAAGCAAGUAACGCGUCGCCGCACUAAAAUUACGCAGACGUUUAUUACAAAACCUAUGCUGUACAACGGAUGGCCUGAUGAUGGUUUUCCGAAAGAUCUGAAAGCAUUACAAAAAGUUAUUCUCUCGAUAGCAAAUUCAAAACAGCCUACGAUUGUUAUCGGAAAGUCUACUGACGCUUCAUGCGAGCUGUUUUGGAUGAUGAAUCUUGUCGUAAAAGCUGUCUUGGGAAGAGCAUCGACAGCGCGGCUUACAUCUGUAUUGGAAGCCUGCAUAAUACUAUUGAGUCCGGCAUACCUGACCUCGCAUCACUUUCUUUAUCUGCUUAAGUUUGUUCUGAGUUGGGCGUCAAGUGUGGGUGCUCUAACUGAGCAGCAGCGCGAGGGCAUAAAUGACUGGAGGAAUGAAUACCAUGCCUUGGAAGCAAAAGCUGAAGCAAGAUUGUACGGAAGAGCUUACUUAAGAGUCAUCAGCCUGGACGUGUUUGAUAGUCUUUGUGAUGAAGUAUUGAUUGCACUUGAUGCAACAGCGGUAUCGAGAGUGUCUUUGCGCAGCACACAAGGCAGCAGCGAAAAGCAAAAGGACAAGAGCCAAGAGAAAGAAAUCAAAGAGAAAAGUAGCAGUUUUCGAGAAGCAGCAGGAGGGAAUAAAUCAAAGAUCAAAUCUGAUGAUGUCAAGAAAAUCAAUACCAAAAGCACAGCGAAGGAGAAUCAGCAAUCGAAGCAGGAAACAGAGCCAAAAAAAGAAACCGGGAAAGCUAUCUAG